AGUCUGUAUAUAGAGUGGAGAGUGGAGUAGAACAGGGUAGGAAAGUUUCGGUCGUGUUAUCAAUCGUCGUCUCCCUCCUUCAUCGCUGGACCGCUAAGCUCGUUCUCAGUGAUCGUCGUUGACGCCUCGUACGGCUCAUCAUACGGCGUUGACGAUAAAGGACGAUUAGGAGUAAACGAUGCCCGCGAACAAAUCGAACCUAUCGACGCCUCGUAAGGAGAAGUCCGGUGACAAGCUCUACACCCUCACCACUUCUGCCACAGCUAACGCCAACAAGAAGAAGAAGCGCUCCUCCUCCUUCGUUAAGCAUAAACAUUACGCGCAAUAUCUGCAGCUUCAUUCGGAAUACAGGAGCACGUACACAUGGCACGAGUACACAGGACCGCAUCAGGAGCACACAGUUGUACGACGUGCGCCGCAGCCACCACCGUCGACGAAGCAACCAAGCGCGAAGCUACAAUCGGCCAAGUCAACAGAGGAUGAGAACAGCGAAGGGCCCACUUUGGAACCACCAUUGCCCAGGCGAAAGAAAUGUCCGGAGCUCGCUUACAAGACGCACGAAUUUAUCACGGCAGCGGACGGCGGUGGUAUCGACACCAUCGAUUCGAACGUUGUAGCUGAUAAAGUACGAGUUUUCAAACCACAGGAAGUUACAGCAACGUCGGCACUGCCACCGAGUCAGCUCAGUAAGGCGAUAUCUCGUAUCAGUACCGAGUACCGGCUGCAGUUCGCUUGGCCUAAAAGAUCGCAGUUGACGAAUGGCGAGACCCAGGCGCCGGUCCUAGCUGCAGGAUUUCCCGGGGGUACUGCGGGCCCGCCGAGAAAAUCGCUCAGCAUGGGUGCGCUUAAACAGGGUAUGGCACCCACUGGACCCGCGCCGGUACAUAAGAAGCGACCCGGCGACUUCGGUCACAAGCGCGACGGGGUUCAGGCGUCUGAACUGGAACCAUUGGUGGGUAGACCGGACGGAAUCGACGGUAUGGUACCGGAGGGCGAUGAACGCGAAGAGGACUUGUCGGAUUUGAAAGUAGCUUUCAGGGGUAAAAGGUCAGGUAGAACCGUGCGGAUAUCGGACAAUAAAGUGCGGGGCAAAUCAGAGACGAGACCAUUUCCCACGGCGGAGGUGAUCGAGCUCCGGCGACUCGCUGACGAGUACAAGCAUCGUGACUGGGGUUGCGGUCUGGCAGCCGAAGACGAGGCUUCGCUAUGGAAACGAGUCUCCAGUAACCAUGCGCUCAACGCCUUAUCCCUUGCCAGGUCGGUCACCAAGGAGGAGAAAGAGAAGGAGAACACGAGGAAGGUCGCGCCGAUCGCCACUAUGUUACCGGCGGGUCAACCGUCCUCGGAGCAAACCAGACCGAUUCGCGGCAUAAUGCAGGAGGACAUGAAGGCAGAUAAUGAUCGAUUCCGCUCGAGAAAGGAUUUCUUGAUCCGCCACCAUCUCGAUCGUACUACUGGUGUGGGUGACGGUGCACUGCUUCCCUCUCCAACGAGAGAGAAGCUGGAGCCCGUGAUACCACGGCGGCGUGACGACGUCAAGGAGCAUCGGGACGAAAUUCAGCCGCGCAUCAAGUCCAGUCCGAAGAAUAGUCCGAGAACCGGACGCUCGCAGAGCCUCGGACCGACCGUCACCGAUCGCAGAUCGCCUAAACGUCAGGUUCCCCGUGCACCAUCUGUUACUAAGGAUACUAAGGAAAAAGAAAAAGAAAUAAAGGACAAGGAUAAGGAGCACAGGGAGAAAAGCGGCGAGCCCGAAAGACAUCCACGCCCGACGGGUGUUUCAGCCGCGGCAGGCCCAGGCCAACGUGUCCGUUGGAGCAUACGGGAACCCGCGACUACGGUUCCUCUGGCGACUGGCUUGUCGACGCCACCUAUACCGCCAUUACCGCCGCCACCCUCGGGCCCAGGGCCUGCUCCGCUCCACAAGAGGCCCCCGCAAGUCCCACAUCGCAAAUCCUUCCUCGCGACCACCGCCCCUCCCCAUCGCCCUCUUCAUCACGCCAAACCCACAACCACUACCAACACCACUAACAUCAUUGUCACUACCGCUAACAGUAUUAGCGCAAGUACCGCCCCGGUAAAACGUUCCCCGGUAAAGUAUUCGGUUCAUAUGACCGUCCAUCACCCACCUACGUCGGGCGCUGCCGCUGCGGCCAGGCCGGAGCGCGGCGUUAAAGAUUUAAGCCAAAGGUGCCGUGGUGCGAAUGACGAGGCUCAGGCAAAACUGGCCCGCGGCCAUCCAGCAGCUGCGGCUGCAGCCGCCGGCGAUGUUCCAUCAUCCAAAUCAUCCCUCGAUACGCGAUCCGCGUCAAAUCGAGCCGCUACUACCGCCGUCCAAGCUAUGACGGCGGAACCCCAAGUAAACGGGGAUGUCACCGGCGGGGAUUCAAGUGUCGCCUCGACACCACCGUCGCAAACGACAAAGGCGGUGGCGCCAGCGCCUGUCACCCAAGGAAGUCCCUGGUUGGACGACGAACCGGUGGUGAAAAGCCCGCCGGAGCCGACGAGGGUGAAAUCGCCGGAGCAGAUGAUCAUGCGCUCGCCGGAACCCGUGAACUGGACCGUACCCCUCGACACCGGCAAGACCUUUACCGUUACGCAAAAUGUCCGAGAAGAACCUCUGACGCGUCCACAUAGUGAGGCGAAGACGUGGGCACCAUCCUCGUUACCAUCAGCACCGCAAUCAGCACCGCCGGAACUCGCGGCUCAGCACAAGUCGCAGCAUUCCCAGCACUCCGGCUACAAGUCACCCGAGAGCGAGAGCGUCUCGCUCGGUAGUUUUAGCGGCAUAAAUGGACACAAGGACCUGGACUCGGAGAGGGAUAGUCCGCUGCCCACGAACGUGCAAGACGUACCCACGAAGGAUGAAAAGGAGGUCACUGACGUCGAGGAGACGAAAGAGCGACAGAGCCCGGAAUUGUCGACAAAGUCGGUGCCGGGCGCGAACCUGAGACGCUUGGAAGAUCCGACGUUCGAGGUGGAAAGCAAAAGGGAGGGUGGCACACCGGUGACGACGACGUCAUCGACGUCGCCCGCGUCGCAGCAGCAGAGUUACCGCGUUCUCGAGGCCGAGUCGUCGUCUCAAGGUGGCGGCGGCAGUGGCAGCGCCGGCGGUACCGCUGGCAUAGGAGGUAGCACCGGAGGUAGCACCGCGAGUGGUUACCACGUUCUGGAGGCACCGGCAGUGGUACCGGGCUCAGCGCAACGUUCAUCAGCGACCGACGUCUUGGAGAAAGCGCGAAACCGCUUCGACAAGUUCUGGGGAAAAGGCAACGGCGCGGAGAAUUAGAAGCAGUGCUCUUCGAAAGAAAGAGGAAGAGGACGCUUUGAUGAAGAAUUACGAACAGUUUCUUGUCUCGACAGGGCAGGACGGCCCUUUCCGGGAGAAGGUUAUUGUCCCAUUCUGCUAUGUCCUAUCGUCGAUUGGUCUGUCCACGUGCUUUCGUAGCUUGUAGCUGCUCAGAAAAAUAUAUGUUGUACGUGAGAGCGAAAGGGGGAAAAAGAAGCAAGAUAUGAUGUUCUCGAUAUGGUGAAUUUUCUCGACUGAACGCCACUUUGAUAAUUCAAUAUUUUCGAGAAUUAAAUUUUUCUUUAUGUCAGAAUAUAUUGCCAAUUCUGAAAAUAUUCAAAACUUGCAGGGGUUGAAAGAAUCGCGUGUACUGAUUACAAAUCGAAAUGUAUGAAAAAACAAUUAUCAGUACGAACAAGAGAAGAGAUCUUUGAAAGACAGAAAAAAGAACGAAUAAUUUUAACAUUAAAAUGAACGUUAAAAUUGCAAUCUGUAAUCUAUUUACUUGUUUAUUAAGGACUACUAUGUGACAACCCAGACAGCACCGUGUCCAAAAACGUCUUAAAAACAUCUUUAAGACAUCUUUAAGACGUCUUAUGUCCCGAUUUUGGACAUACGUGCUGUCUGGGAAGCAUACAGUCAAAACGAUUAAAAUGACGAUCAUCUAAAUUUUUUAAAUUGAGCAAGACCAGAUUCUAAGAUAUGGAGACGGAAACACGAAAAGGCGCGGAAGCUCGAGUUAAAUUACCGAUUAUUAAUAACAAAGCUUCUUUCUCCUCAAAAGACAGACUGUAGGACAGCGUCGUGAAUUCGCGAUCGUCGCAUCAUUAGUAAAAACGAAAAGAGAAAAGUAAUUCUAGAUAAGGAUACGUCAGGGUGAAGGAUUGACGUGAGAAGCUUAUACGACGACGGUGCGUGCAGGUUGCGCGUCGGUCUCGUUUCAAACUUCGAGGAAUGACUCGAGGAACGUAAUCAUCUAACGGUACACUUACACAUGCUUGCAUAUACAAACAAAUAGACAAUUACAUCUAUAACACGCGCUAUACACAGACAUGUACACUCGUAUACACACAGAAAAUACAUUUGUGUCUUAUUUUCAUCCUUCGACUGAUUAGUGAUCUUAUCGCAAGGUCUCAUAGAUUAUAAAAAAUAUAAACAAAACACAAUUGUAUGAGUUACAUACAAUGGAUAAGAAAAAUAUUUAUGUUCUAUCUUUUGGAAUAAUUUUAUACGAAGCAGAAAAAAUAUUCUAUAUCGCAAAGUGUUUCUAUUGAAAUUGUUUUUAUUUGUAUUAAAAUAUGAAAUAAAACACGUUGUAGCAACAUGUUUUUUCUUCGUGCAAAAUUAUACCAACAAAAUUGAGUUGUGUAAAUUUUCUUUUAUUCAUUGUACACAUGAGACACACGCAUACACACAAACACAUAGACGCACGCUCACUCAUUGACAUAGAGACGGUAUCUAAACAAAUACAUUUACAUGAAAAACAUUAACGUUAUAUAGGAUAUUAAAAUGAUCCCCCGUAACACGCGGGAUCCACAUAGUUAAGUCCGAAUUCUUUUUCCAUUGAUAAAACUCGAAGCCAAGUAUCGAGCCGACAGGUACAGAAACGGCUUGUCGCUAUAAAUAAAUAAAAUCGGGAACGAGUAGCUUUCGAAUAACCGCUUCGUGCGUUUUAUAUAAGUCUAUAUACGGAAUAUACAAUUAUUGGUAUGUAUACAUCUAUGUAUACAAUUAUGGGAUAUUAUCGCACUCGCGGGUUGUAAACAAAGUUCGGCAUCUCUGAGGAUUUCUCAAAUCGAAUUAUUAAAUAUUAUUCUGUUUAUAUAUAUAUACAUAUAUAGUUAAGUGGUCUCUCUUGUGAGACGAAAUAACUAUACAUAAAUAUUUUACGGUAAAGUCACUAUGAUAAUCUGGUUACAAUCGAAGUAGUCAAUCUUUGCAUAUUUAUUUUAAUGUAAUAUAUUUAAAUUAUUUAUUUAUUUUGUUAUCAAUAUUUAUUUUUAUAUUUUUUAUCUACUUUAUUAUGCAUAUUGGUUUUGAAAUUUUUGGAAGUCAACUAUUUCCUUCGUUUAUUUUUACGGAAAAGACUACCGAAGAAUUAUAUAUAGAUUGGAGGCAUCUCUGUGGAAUCCUUGGCAGAACCGUGAACUAGCUUCUUUCGAGAAAAGAUCGAGAGAAGAUCUCUUAACGCGCGUAUUGUCGCUACGAAAGAGCUUGCUCCAAACCGCAUCUCGAUCAUUUUGCACGCGAUUUUAUGGACAACUUUGUUAAUUUCCUCGCUGAAAGAUAAAAUAAAUUCCUCUUGAUCGCUUUCAAAAUAUGGUUUUAAAAACUUUUUCUACACCACAUGUAAAUUAUUUCUAACAAUUCUAAAUUUUAUUUAAGAACACAACAUCGAUUAAUUAUUUAAAGGAUCGAUAUUUUUUCGUGACAAAGUACAAUGCACAGUGAUUAUAUUCCAAGAAAUCAAACAGGAACGUGCAAAGUAGAUAAAGCUUUUGUUUAGAAUUUUACUCUAGAAAAUAUAUAAAUUCCCAGAAAAUUGAAAUUAAAACAAUCACAAGCUUAGUAAUUGCAAGUAAUGUAAAAAAAAUCGGAUAAUUAAAUUCACCAAAUAAUGUUGUAGUCAAAAAAUAUUUUGAAAAUCGAAAACGAUUAAUUUCAGCUUCAUUAUUUAUACCGUGUAUCGCGGCGCAAAUGGUCGGGAGAUGCGAGUUACAACCGUAGUUCCAAAAAAUUCACGGCCCAAUUUAGUCUUCACUUACGAAAGGAAAUGAAUUACUGUAGUGAAGCAUAGUGUUUUUUCACACAGAGUUACAUACCGCAUUGAACAUCUUCACGAUUAAGAUUUAUUAACACAAAGUAUGUCGCUAUGUAUAUGUGAUAAUGAUAACAAAAAAGAAGAGAAAGAUACGGACGAUGGCAAUAGUGAUAAUAAUGAUGAUAACGACGUGUGAUUUGGUGCUAUACUCGAUUGAUCGAAACAUCAAAUUCAUCGAGAAUGCGCAAAUUUCUAAAUCGAUGGCAAAUCGAAGUCGAGAGAGAAUGAAAGUGAGAAACUAAAAAAGAAUGAUGAACGCUACCUAUCCGCUCUGCAUGCUAUACAUUCCGUCUGAUUUCUUACGUAAAUAUAUAAUCUUUCAUAUGUUCCUUUUUGAAAAAAAAAAAGAAAAACAAUAACGACAGCGAAAAAGAUCUAGACCCGGAGAUCGACGACGAGCGAGAAUUCUUUGAUUCUUCGUUCGCGAUAAAUGUCACAGACAUGCUUAUUAUUAAAAACAGCGUGUGAUAUCUGGCAAAGAAUGCAAAUAAAUAACUUAGACCUGUUUAAAUAUGAAUAAAUUUAAAUGAAGAAAAAGAAGAGAUAUCAAUAUAUUUUCUUUGUGUUUAAGCAUAGAAUUUUGAUGUUUUGACUGUAGAUAAUUUACUCCAUUUUUCAUCACCUACAGUCGGAUGAAUAAACCGAAAAAUAUUCAGGGAACACUCGCUCGUUCUCGUUCAAGAACGCCGUGAGACAGAAAGAAGAUAACUUUAAAGCUUUUCUCUGUCUCUUUCACGCGCGCAUAUGGUAUACACCACACUCCAUCCAGUUCCACGUCCAAAAGCCAAUCAACCGUAGUGAAGCAGCAUAUUAUAUAACGAUAAUAAUGAUAAUGAUACUAAAUAAUAAUACACAAGACGUCGCUGUAUAUGAGAGGAUCGAAUGAAAACCGGAGUAAACAACUUAACGAGGAACCUGACGGAUAAGACAUAAGGAUUCGGGCUGAGUUAGUAGGACAAGUUUCAUCCAGCGCAUCUAAAGAUUUAGCUGUUAUGGAAGCUUCAAAUCGAUCAGUGAGUCCCAGAUUUUAUAUCACGAUGCAAUAUAAAAGAAUAAAGUUUUGGUUUCAAUUUCAUUUAAUUUUCUUACGUCCGUUUUAGCAUUCGCAAUUGCAAACAACAACAAUUAUAUUUAUAUCUGGUGUUUCAUGGAGAGAGACGCAUCGUCGAAAAUCUCCCUUUUGUGAUUUAAAUUUUUCUUUUAUAUGUAUAAACGUCCACAAAUGGAAAAUAUUUACAGCGCUUGUUGCUUUUAAUAUUUAAUAUUUUAUUUUUCUCACUCAAUAAUUCCGAAGUUAUUUGGAGAAUAUGAAAAAAUCUGAAAACCAUAUGAGGACACAUUACAUCUGCACGAAUCGCACAGUAGCGCUUCCCGCUGAAAGUCCAUUGCGUAAAAGAUUGGCCUAAUUUUUCAUUCAGAGAAUAAUUUUUUACUUAACAUGUAGGAAUGCGAUGGAUUACUCAAACAUUUCAUUGAGUGAGAGUGUGAUCUCUUUUGUACCUUUGCCUUUCGGCUUUCGAUGUCGCGAAUUAUAACGCAGGAAUUAAGUAUUCUUAUUCAACGUUGAAAGAAUUGUUAGCGAAAUAUUGAAUUGAAGAAAAAAUAAAUAAAAAAGCACGAUACCUAGAAUAAGUCGCGCGAUUCCGAUUCGUGAAACUCAAGACAAUUCUCCCGCUACUUAUAUACGAACAAAAUGUCGACGACUUGUCCCUUUUAAAAUUGCACAAGAGACAUCUAAAGGACGUCCGAGGUAUAUCCAAAGAAAAGAUUAAAAGAUUGGAACAACUCUUUUAAAUGUGUCACGGCGUCCUUUAAAUGUCGUUUUCUUUCAUUUGGAUUUUCAAUUUUCCCUGAUAGGAAUUGUCAUCGUCACCGAUUAUUAUACCACAGACACGAACGCUUCACAAUAUCAUUCGAGUGAUGAUGAAAGGGCUAGCUGCGACCCCAAAUUCAUUUGCCGAUAAUGCCGAUGCGAUUCCAAUGCGAUUAUUGCUCUUUUGCACCCUUUAUCGCGAACACCCACUUGGCAUUCGGGUUGAACGUUGUGUCGUUAGCUUUGCUCACGCUGAUCUGUUCAAUAAGAAGUGUUAAUCAAUUCAGAGACAGAAAGUCCUUUUAUCACUACAAAUUCCUUCUAAUAAAUACCAAUAAAUUUACUAUCACAAAAAUAUUGAAAAUAAAUGUUUUUAUUAUACUCUA